AUGAUGAAGAAAAAAACAUUGAACCUCUCUUCUCUUCUCAGAAACACAGACCUCAAAUAUUCAUCUCCAUGGCCAUGGCCUUAUUGUCACCAACCAAAAACACUUUCUUUCAGAGGUGAAAAUAAUAACCAAGAUGACAUUAACAACACAUUCAAAAUCAUCAACUCAGCUUACUUGGAGCCUUCUGAAUCUCUUUCUCCAAAAGCUUCUUCUCUUGAUGACUCAGGAAAAACCGAUUCGACAGAACCCGUUAUUCGCGGGUUACCGUCUGAUCGGUUUUUCUUCGAGCCGGACGAGACCAACUCCAUUUUAGAUGCUAAUAAUAAAGCCGUUAUGCAUAGUGAAAGUGAAGCUACUCAGAGUUUACCAUUCAAAGAUAGUGUUGUGUUAUCCAUGGAAUCUCAAGAUCCUUAUCUGGAUUUUCGAAAGUCUAUGGAGGAAAUAGUGGAAGCUCAUGAUGUCAAAGAUUGGGAGUGUCUUCAAGGGCUUUUGUGUUGGUAUUUGAAGGUUAACGAGAAGAACAACCAUGGCUAUAUCGUUGGUGCUUUUGUUGAUUUAUUGGUUGGUCUUGCAUUUACUUCGACUUCGUCUUCGUUUUCUUCUUCAUCUUCUUCAUCUUCUCGUUCUCCUUUUUCUCCUUUAUCGUUUUAUAGUUCUUCUCUGUCUUCCUCUUAUUGCACUCGCUGUGCUUCGUGUUCUGCGCCUCGCGAAGAAGAGGUUGAUACUCCUUGUUCUUCUUUGUUGUUAGAACAAGUUAGGGAGGAGAGUGAUGAUGGCGAAGAUAAACUACUAGAAGCUUCAACUUCAUUUUCGUCAUCAUCAACUACUCAUUGA